UCUGCUGUUGUGAUGAUUCAUUCCAGGAGCUUCUGAAGAGUUUCAGACACAAAGUGCGUCACUUCCAGCUGCUGUCGGGGAAUUUAAAAAUGAAAUAAAGGUGACAAACCAACCGAAAUAUAUGAAUGAACUUAUAUCAGACUGAGGACUAGUUUCCUCUCCAUUUGUGCAACAAACAUCAUCACACAUUUGACACAAAAUACUGGGAAACAGCAUGCCAGCCAAGACACCCAUGUACUCAAAGACAUCCACACCAAAGCGAGGCAAGAAGCAAAAAAUAUGUGACGUUCUUUCAGGAGACAUGAUAAGCCCGCCGCUGGGUGAUAUGUGUCACAGUGCCCAUAUUGGGCCUGAAGGAGAAGGGGACAUGUUUGGUGAUGUGGGGUUCUUGCAAGGCAAACUCGACAUGCUUCCAGCCCUCAAUCAAGCGCCCAGCUCUCGUUCUCACAGCAUUGACAGAAGAAUUAAUGAGAUCUUAGAUGUGAACAGCAAGAGCCACACUUACCAUCGCAGUCAUAAUUCUCAUCACAAUUCUGUCCUCAAAACCACCAUCUCCAUGCCGGUAUUCUUUGCGCCUGUGCAACCACCUCCUAAACCCCCCCGUCUGCAUUUAGACGAGCAGCCGUCCCUCGUUCAUCAGCAGCAGAAUCACCAUCACAGUCCAACGCAGAAGCGCUCCAUGUCUGUGUGUGAGGAAGGGAUUAGGAAGCACAGGGAUCCCUGCCGUGACCUCACUCUCUCCGCCUCGAUCCCAGUCCUGCCGCACCUGGUGCCUUCCACGGGCUCCUUAUCUGAAGCUUCCUCGGAUGACUCCAUGUCGGAAGGCUGUGGUCCACUGGACCCAAAGCGAGGCUUGAGUCUGGACUCUGAUGCAGGGCUCAGUAAUGAGGACUUGCGGAACGAACACUGUGAAUCUCCAGCUAUCUCACCCAGCAUGUCACGCUCUGAGUCGCUAAUGGGUUUGGACCUGGACCUGGGGCCGUCCAUUUUGGAGGAUGUUCUUAGAAUCAUGGACCGCUAUAAGAGUGUGGAAGAAAGACAUGAGAUAUAAGGGGACUCUAUCAGAUACUGUAAUACAGGCAUCAGCUCAGCCUAUUUAUGUUAUUUUGCCUGUUUCAAAGCACAGUGAAAGAAUUGGGAUGAAAGAGCAUUAGCUGGUCGUGCCACAGAUGCUGUAGGGUUAUGACACAUUUUUAUCCACAUGUACUAUAACAAACAGGCAAAAACCAUUACAGCUUCAACUCUGAAAAAGACAGUCUAUUCAUUUCCUUAAGGUGAUCAGAUCGUAACAUAACAUGUUUUGCUGGGUUUUGGUCAUUGUAGCCUAAAUGGAGAUGUAAAUAAUUUAGGCACUAGCAAUUUGUUCAUUUUUAUAUUUGCUGUUACUUAUUAAGCUAUGCUUUGCAGGGAAAUGAAUUGGGAUUUUGGCUAUGUAUUAAAAAAAAAA